CAACGGUAGAAUACAACGCAAGCGCAGUGUUCAUUUACCGAGUUACCGAGCAAUGAACAGGUAGAACAAAUACAAGUAUCAAAGAGGAGGCUCCUCGAGUAAUGCUGGGAAGUACAAUUAUAAACCACCGUCAACAUGUUGGACUACAGAAGCUGUCAGCCCUGGCAGAAAUCACAAGAUCCUCUCUUGGCCCCAAUAAAAACUACAAGUUCAUCCAAGAUGACACAACUGGGGAGUCAACUCUUGUGUGCUCAUGUUUUCGCAUCCUUGAGAGCCUGGAACUAACCUGCUCAGUUGGUCAGGUGGUUUACGAGACCAUAGAGACGCACCACAGAGUUUAUAAUACAGGGUCGGGAUGCCUGUUGUUUCUUGCUGGAGCUUGGAGUCAUGCUGCACUGGAGUGUCUUCACAGAGGAAUUUCAGUCAGACACAUAAUCUCUGCUAUGUCUGAAGGCAUGGAAAUAUGCUUGAAUGUUUGCAGGCAAUGUAGCAUCUCGAUUAAACGUCGUGAAGUGUCAGAACUUUGCCCAUUUAACGUAUCCACUGUUAAGGAUUCCCAUGCACAUCAGCAGUUGACACCAAGAGCAUCUGAGAGGCCCUUUAACUUAGGACCACAAAAGAAACUAAAGCUUAGCAGACAUUUUCGUGAGUCAGAAUCUCCCAGUAUUUCCACUAUUCAUGCUUCUCAACUUUGUUCAUAUGAGCCUUUUUUUCCUGACAUUGCACACAUCGCAGAGACAUUGAGCCAUGGCUGUACUGAUGCAAUGAAUUUAGUUGUCAAGGCCAGCCAGAUGCAAUCAGAAUGUAAUCAGCAAGACAUCGCAUUUGACGUUACUAAAGUGGUGACUUGUGUGCUGCCUGGAUUAGUAGAGGAACAAGCUACUGUUUUACCAGGUUGCGUUGUUCUAGUACCUGCAGAACAGGCUUCAGUUGCACAUCACUUAAAAGAACAGCACUUGAAGGUUGCUCUUAUUCAUGGAGAUUUAGCAGCCACUUACCGCCACCUUGGCUAUAAUAGACCAAAAGGUAUACAAAGUGUGAGCGACCGUUUAGAUUUGUCACGUUUGAGCAAAGAAGACACAUGGAUGGAGAAGGUUGUGACGCUUCUGCUGAACCUGGAAGUGAACGUGAUUCUAGUCAGUGGGGUUGCUAGUGAGAAAGUGAUUGAGUGUUGUUGGAGACGUAAUAUUCUUGUGGUGGAAAAGGUGAAGGCUUCCAUUUUGAAAGCAUUUGCCGUUUCAACAGGAGCUAUCCCAGUGACUUACGCCACACAGUUGAGUAAGCAUUGUGUCGGUACAGGGCUGAAGGUCAGCAUAUGGAGGGACCUCAGCAACAACGACAGGAAGCGCGGAACAGCCGUGAAUAUUACCACUGAUGGACUGAACUGUGGAUUGGUCACAGUGAUACUUACAAGCUCUGUACAUGCCAAGUUACAGACCUUGGAGGACCAGUUUUGGGCUUGUGCUUAUCGUUUACAUUGGGCGCUGAAAGACAAAGCCCUUCUGCCUGGAGCUGGAGUGACCGAGAUGGUUUGCAUUCAACACCUGCAAAACGAAGCAGAACACGACAUAAGAAACCCCACAGAGAGCAACGGUGUCUCUAGCCAACAAAAUAAACCAAGAACACCAGCAAAUCCUUACAGAGAUGUGGUGUUGACCCUCAUGGCAGAUGGUUUAAAGGAUUACAUUUGCACUGUAAUGGUUAACACAGGGGUGUUUUCAAAGGUUGGAGCCCGAGCCGCUGUGAUCCAACACCUGCAGGACUAUCAUGGGACCGUUGGUGACGUUGCUGCAAAGUUCUCUCAACUUUUCUUACACACUGACACAUGCUACAACGCAACUCCAACAUCUGUAGAAUCUAGUGAAACACCAGCAAUAAAAACCUAUGAUAAUCUUUGUGUGAAGCAGGAAGUUUGGAGGAAAGCAUUGGAUCUGGUUUUCCUGGUUUUGCAGACGGAUGCAGAAGUCAUCACAGGGGUAGACCGAAAAACUAAUGGAGCGCAGGAAGAUCUGAUGUUCUUGUGAUUCUCCAAAGCAAUAACAGUAUUUGUUUUUUUUUUAAUUCUUUUUUUAAAUAUGAAAAGUCCGACCCUGAUUUUGCUUUUGUGUAAACUGAGUAAGUGAAAUAAAAACUGAGAAAAAUAAAGCUUUUUAAUAGUUUUA